CGGGUCUUGGCAUCCCGACGAUAACCACAUCUUCACAUCACCGCGGAUCGCCGAGCUUCAACUUUGAACUUCCCCCUCCUCCAGACCCUCGUGGGAGAAGCAACACCCUCAAUCCUCCUAUUCACAACAAUCGCCAUGAUUCCGAUCGCUCGGUCUUCCGUUCUGCGGGCUGCCCGCUCGCAGAUUUACACUGCCCGCACUCUGACGUCGCCUACUUCCUCGGCGCUCGCCCGUCUUCUCUCGACCCUCGCCGUUCUUGAGCAGCGCGAUGGCAAGCUGCAAAACUCCUCCCUCUCCGCAAUUGCUGCGGCUCAGAAGCUUGGUGGCCCGGUAACGGCUUUCCUGGCUGGCACCGGUGUCAAGGGUACAUCUGCUGCCGAGGCGGCGAAGAUCAAGGGCCUUGACAAGGUCGUUGCUGUGGAGAGCGAUGCUUAUGAGAAGGGCCUUCCCGAGAACUACGCCCCUCUCCUCGUCGAGAACAUCAAGAAGGGCGAAUACACCCAUAUCAUCGCCGGCCACUCGGCUUUUGGCAAGAGCCUUCUCCCCCGCGUCGCUGCUCUCCUGGACGUGCAGCAGGUCUCUGAUAUUACCGGAAUUGAGAGCGAAGACACUUUCGUCCGCCCCAUCUACGCCGGUAACGCCAUCCUGACCGUCCAGUCAACCGACAACAUUAAGAUUAUCACUGUGCGAGGCACCGCUUUCCAGGGCGUUGAGACCGAGGGUGGUUCUGCCGAGAUUGUCGACGGUGUGGACUCCAACGCUCCCGCCCAGACCGAGUGGGUGUCCGAGGAGCUUACCAAGUCCGAGCGCCCCGACCUCGCAACCGCUACCCGUGUUGUCUCCGGUGGUCGUGGUCUGAAGUCCAAGGAGGAGUUUGACCGCAUCAUGCAGCCUCUCGCCGAUACCCUCGGCGCUGCCAUUGGUGCUUCUCGUGCCGCUGUUGACAGCGGCUUCGCCGAUAACAGUCUGCAGGUUGGCCAGACUGGUAAGAACGUUGCUCCUCAGCUCUACCUGUGCGCUGGUAUCUCCGGUGCUAUCCAGCACUUGGCUGGUAUGAAGGAUAGCAAGGUCAUUGCCGCUAUUAACAAGGAUCCCGAGGCUCCCAUCUUCCAGGUCGCGGAUGUCGGACUCGUUGGUGAUCUGUUCGAGAAGGUACCCGAGCUGACCGAGAAGUUGAAGAACGCUUAAACAAACAAAAAGCAGUUGAGGGUGGCCUGGGGUGUAUUAUUUUUUUCUCCUUUGUUUUUUGCGAUGAGCUAUUGAGCAGGUUGCAAAUUUGGUUUUAUCAUUUUGUGUCACACGAACCGUACAGUAUACCACCGAUUAGAGGACUGGUGUCCGGGUUCCGGCCCAGUCACUUUGCAAUAUAACAUCUUUUAUGACUACAAUAC